AGCAGUGGUAGAGGGAGGUUGUGUCGGCAUCAAUGAGAGUCUGAUAAGUGGAUAAUUUCUGUCUAUUAAAUACUACUGUUUGAAGGAGAUCAAAUACAAAGGAGGCAACAUGAAGUUUGACUUCGGCACGUACGGUCGUCACUGUGAAGUGGACACAACAGAAGCCGUACCCGCCACAGUGUCCGGCUCAAUCCCGGACUACAUGUAUGGCGAAUUCAUCUUUAAUGGAAAUGGCUUAUCAAAAAUUGGAGACUCGAACUAUCGUCACUGUUUUGAUCCGGCGUCCAUAUUGCAAAAAGUAACCGUGUCGCCCUCGGGCUGCCGCUACAUGUCGCGUUUCCUGCAAUCGACGACGCUAGCGCGCAACCGCGAGGCUGGUGCCAUCGUCGUGCCGGAGUUCGGCACUCGAGUGCAGGCUGCGGGAGGAGGUGGCAUCUUUGGCAAACUGAAAAAGAUGGCGGAUGUUGAGAGUAUGAUGUCAGAUAACACAGCUAUCAACGUCGGUCGAUUCAACAACAGAUUGUACGCCAUUGGAGUGACGCCGUACUACCAUGAACUUGACGAGAAAACUCUCGAGACAAAGAGCAGGGUGAACCUGUACAAAGAUGAGGGUAUCGUGGUGACGUGCCCUCACCUCGAGCGCCUGGGCACUGGUGCCCUCGCCUGCGUUGGGCAGAGCAUCGGCGUGACGGGGGCCAAGUAUUGUGUCAUCGAGUACCCCGACGGAGAUGGCUCCCCUCGCGUGGUGGCGAGAAUAUCCCCUCGUUGGCGCCUUCAUCCCUGCUUCAUGCACAGCUUCGGCGUGAGCGAGCGUUUCCUUGUUCUAUUCGAGCAGCCCAUGUCUGUGGGGCUCGUGGAUGCGGUCAAAGACAUCAUCAACUCCACCUGCUUCGUGGACAGCGUCAAGUGGUUGCCGGAGGAAUCGGUGAUCGUGACGCUGCUGGAUACCAAAACAUGGAAGACGUAUAAGAAGAAGUUUAGUUUCGAGCCGCAGUUCAUUCUGCACUUCUGCAACUGUUACGAGGACACCAACGGUGACCUUGUGGUCGAUUUCAUGAGCUACAAAGGACCUGAUGUUUUGCACGACUUCUACUUGGAUGUCAUGAGGGCGCCCAAGGAGGUCGAGAAGAUCCGCGAGCAUUUCAAGAGCUCCCUAAUGCGGAUCAUUUUGCCGCUCUCAGCAGACGACUCCAAAUCGGAGAUAGCGGUGACCCCGCAGGUGCUGGCAGAGGUUCCUAUGGAGAAUCCGCGGAUAAACCCGAACUACCUGAGGCGCCAACACCGCUACGUGUACGGAGUUGGUAUCACGGACGACGACUGCGCCAGGGUCAGUAAGGUAGAUUGCAUGACCGGGGAAGAGAAACGCUUCGUGCAGGACGGCAUCUACCCUGGCGAAGUGAUCUACGUACCAAGGCCUUCAGAGCAGGCUGAAGAUGACGGCACGCUUGCCGUGUUCUGUUUGUUUUCUGCCAAGAAGGACCUGGGCUGCUUGCUGCUACUGUCAGCCUCAGACCUCACGGAGGUGGCUAGAAUAACCUUCAAUGCUGUGGACACCAUCACCAAUCCAGCUCAUGGACAGUUCUUCCCAGCAACCGCGUAGAUAAAGCAAAAAUACUCAAAUUUGGACAACAACGUCAACACCAACACAGGAUAGGGACUAUCAUCUUCACAACUACACCAGUAACCUCGUAUGGAAAGUCAGAAACACUUGCAUGGAAAAUUAUUCAAACUAACCUACAUGAAACGGCACAGACAGCUCGUAAAAAAUGCAAUUGAAACAAUUCAUCCGGUGGAAAUGAAUUAGCAGGGAUUAGUUAUUAUACUCGGGGUCGAAUUCUUUGGCAGCUUUGAGGGAGAUUCAUCGCAAGUUUUACGGUGAUCUCUGUCAAGUGUUCCACGUACCCGUGUGGCAGUGCCUGCAUGUGAACGAACAAUGUUUCCUGGACCUUUUCGGCUGAUAAAGUGGAGAAUUUAAAUUUUGAGUUCCAAACGCUGAGAAUAUUCACAAGUGAAAGUGAAAUAUAUCCUACUUCUGCUUAUUUUUUAUGAUAGUUUAAAAAUUAGAUUAAGCGAUGUGCAGCUCUCUGAAAUUCAUGUAAGUGUUGAAUAUUUAAUAUAAGCUCACGCAUUCGUAUCGUGACGAAACUUUUAAUCAAGCUGUCAGCUAUAAACCGUCAGCACGACGAACCUUGCAGCAAUAACGGAACGAAUAGGAUCGAGAAGGGUGUAUGGCUCAGCCAGGAUACAAACACAGACACAAGCAGAGAUGUGUAUUUCCAGUAACAGGCCGACACGUAUCUCCGACAGAGACGAGCUGUGUCCCGUGACUACAACUAUGCCCGCCGCGCGGUCACAGCACUGUAGUCCCACAUGUCUUAGUUACUCCGGUACAAUAAUUCUAGGAAAAAAUAAAUUAUGAUGUUAGUCAAAUGGUGAUCUUUAUCAAACUGUAACGUACAUCAAAUAAAUCCCUCUUCAUUGAAAAAGAGAUAACAAGACAUUCUGCAGUUCUCAAUUACAUACGAGCUAGAUGGUAAUCAUUUCUCAUCUUAAUUAGAUUAAGACUUAAAGGGUGUAAUACUCCUAUCAACUAAUCUAGAAGCUAAUAGGGUAAAAUAAUCUUCCUUCAUAAAUAAUUCCGUCGACUGAGCCCUCUCUACGCUGACUACGCAUCAUGGUGGUCAGAGGCUGUACUGUCAAAAAUCGUUCAGAGUUAAUAACUCAUUCAGCUAAUCACUCUGUUCUUCAAUCUAAUCCUGCCAAUCACUGGCGAGAAAUUGAUCUCGUUAUACAUGAUCGAAUUAUGAUAGUGUUGCCCAGAUAUCACAUAUCAGAAGUACAUUCAUUCCUUGAUUUCAAUGUUCAUUCCUGUUCAAAUGUAUUCAGACCAGGGCUCAAUAUGAACCACCAUACGUCAACCUACACGGAAUCACUGUGUCAUUCUGUUUCUCAUAAAGUAUCUUCUAACUGGAGUUAAAAAAAGUCUUGUUAAAGAAUCUGUCUUGUUUGUUUCAACUUAGAUCAAACACUAUUAAUCAACAUCUGUUGAUCCUCGAUAGGCUUUGAAAAUUUGCUUUCUCAAUCGCUAUACAAAGUUAUUGUACGCAAUUUUGAAUUUAUUGAAGGGCUUCUUAGUAUUUUCAAUUCCUUAUCGUGCACCGUCGUACUUCCGAUAAGCGGCUAAAAUAUGCAUCUCUUAAGAGACUGUACUAGACUAGUACAGUCUCUUAAGAGACUGUACUGUCUCUUAAGAGACUACUUUAUGUACUAAGUGAUCAUUAUACACUUUGGGUUAAGAGUAUUGCAAUAAAAAAUCGCUAGAUAUACAAUCACUGUUAUUGUUUCCUCCUGAAUUUUGGUGUCUGGAAGAGUUUUUGAGGCACUCCGCAUAACGGUUCCGUAUCACCUUACGUUACUACUUCAUUGAUAUGGAAUAUGUUAGAUUUAUCACAAUAUUAACACUAAAGCCCCUUUCACACACGGCGGCAAAUACCGCCAGAUUAAAAUUUACGCGGUAUUUACCGCGUAAUCAUUCACACGACGGGGUUUAUAACGCUGGAAUCAGUCUUACUGCAAUCAGUUUUAUGCGCCAUCAUUUUAUCUCUAUGUAGCAAUGUUUUUGUUUAUGUAACAAUAUAUCUUUAUGUGGAAAUAUAUUAUAAAUCUUU